GUACCUAUAUAAACCCUCUCCCUCAUCGGUUUCAUUUCUCUCGUUUUCUCUAGGGUUUAUUCUUCUCUGCUGAGUGUCACAUGAUGAAGAAUUCGAAUGCUCUGCUACCUGAUCAGCCAAUCAAUCACCAUGAAAGUUCGAAAUCGGAGUUCGUUGACCCUGCCUUGGUGAUGGAAUCUGAGCGGUCUCAUGGUGGCACUUCUUCUGAAUCCGAUUUUGGCUUCGCCUUCAAUGACAUCAAUUUCUCUGACAGGCUUCUCCGAAUUGAGGUCAUCAACGAAAACCCGGGGGUCACCACCGCCAAUUCAGAUGGUGUCACCACCACCUGGGCUCGCCACAGCAAGAGGAGACGCGAAAAUGUUUCGGAUCUUAUUGAUUUGCCUGAUGAAAACCACGUUUUGAACGUGAACCAACCUGAUACCGAUGAUGAUGUGGCCUAUGGAAAUCAAGAUAAGGAGACCUAUGUAGUGUUGGAAGAAUCCCCUUCUGGUGAUGAAGCUGCAAACAUCAAUGAUUCAAACAGGAGCAAAGAUUGCUCUCCAGCUACAGUUGUCAGAGUUAAAACACUGCAUAUAAGUUCUCCUAUCCUGGCUUCUAAAAGCCCUUUCUUCUAUAAGCUUUUCUCGAAUGGGAUGAGGGAGUCAGAGGAGAGACAUGUCACCCUCAGGAUUAAUGCUUCUGAAGAAGAUGCUCUAAUGGACCUGCUGAAUUUUAUGUACAGUAAUACCUUGAAGGCUACUGCACCAUCAGCUUUGCUGGAUGUGCUUAUGGCUGCUGAUAAAUUUGAAGUUGCUUCAUGCAUGAGACACUGUAGCCGGUUAUUGCGAAAUUUGCCCAUGACACCUGAGUCUGCAUUACUUUACCUGGACCUUCCUCAUACUAUCUUAAUGGCCGAUGCAGUCCAACCAUUGACUGAUGCUGCAAAGCAGUAUCUUGCUGACCGAUACAAGGAUAUAACCAAGUUCCAGGAAGAGGUUAUGGCCUUGCCUCUAUCUGGAAUAGAGGCAAUUUUGGCCAGUGAUGAUCUCCAGGUUGCAUCAGAAGAUAUUGUAUUUGACUUUGUAUUGAAGUGGGCUAAACAACAUUACAACAGACUGGAAGAGAGGCGAGAAGUCUUGGCAACACGGCUUGCUCCUUUAAUUCGCUUCCCCUGCAUGAGCUGCCGAAAGCUUAAGAAGGUCUUAAACUGUAAUGACUUUCAACAAGAGGGUGCAUGCAAUAAGCUUGUACUAGAAGCCGUAUUUUACAAGGCGGAAACUCCACAUCGUCAACGGUUGCUUGCAGCAGAAGAGACUUCUUCCUUGAACCGUUGUUUUGUGGAGAGAGCAUAUAAGUAUCGUCCUGUUAAGGUGGUAGAUUUUGUACUUCCCCAGCCGCAGUGUGUGGUGUACAUGGAUCUGAAGCGGGAGGAGUGUGCCUCUCUGUUCCCAUCUGGCCGGAUGUAUUCUCAGGCAUUCCAUUUGGGUGAGCAAGGUUUUUUCCUUUCAGCACAUUGCAACAUGGACCAACAAAACUCUUUCCAUUGCUUUGGGAUGUUUUUGGGAAUGCAGGAUAAGGGCUCAGAAAGCUUUGCUCUGGACUAUGAAUUUGCUGCAAGAUGUAGCCCAACAAAUGAGUUUGUUAGCAAGUACAGAGGCAAUUACACAUUCACCGGAGGGAAGGCUGUUGGGUAUAGAAACUUGUUUGGAAUUCCAUGGACUUCGUUCAUUGGUGAGGAUAGCAUUUUCUUCAUUAAGGAUGUUCUCUACCUUAGAGCUGAGCUCACCAUCAGACAGCCUUGACCUAUUUUUAGCUGUUAAUUUUUCAUUUUUUGUUGAACCUGCUGUAGUAAUCAUCAUGUCCCAGCCACUAUGAACUAGGUUAUAUACUGGUGUUAGACUUGUUUAUAUUUGCUUAGGUUAUAUGCUAGUGUUAGACUUGAUUUCA